CCCAUCUCCAGUCUGCGGCCGUAUCAUCCGACGACCGAAGAUGCCGCUAGGUGAUCAUGAAUGUUCCCAUAGCGGAGACUGCCGGCGGCUUAAACUCGCCUGGGCACCAAAGCUCGAAACUCGAAACAGGGGAUGGCAGGCGAAGAUGGUGGUCGACAGCACCGGGUCGUGAUUAUACUGCCGUAGCUACCACCUACCUGUCCUGCGCCGCCUCGAAAGGGCCCGCAUUUCGUCGCUAACCGCAAACGGCACCAUUUCUCGAGCAUCGACUCUAUACUGCAACUCAUGUUGCUGUUGCUGCAAAAGGUAGAUGGGGUAUAAGAACAAUGCAUCUUGACCACCCAGCAGGUCCGGGAGUUUGCUCAUGCAGCUCGUUGUUCCAUCUAUCCUACCCUCCACUACCGCGGAGAAUGAACCGAAACCAACAUGAAGUCUACACCAGAAUCCCGCUCAUGCUCAUCGAAUGACGGCGAGAAGCAGCAACAAGGUCCACAAAGGGCAGACGAGGAGAAGGCACAACAAGGGUCCAUCGCUGGCUCCAAGGGCGCAGACCUGGGACCCCCUCCAGAUGGCGGGCUUGAUGCCUGGUUGGUCGUUGUGGGGGGCUUUUUCACCGUCUUCGCCAGCUUCGGAUGGAUCAACUGCGUUGGCAUAUUUCAGGACUACUACCAACAUAACCAACUGGCAUCGUACUCGCCAAGCACUGUCGCCUGGAUCUCCUCAACGGAAUCUUUCAUGCUCUUCUUUUGGGGGCCACUCGCCGGCAAGCUGACCGACGAGUUCGGACCCCGUGUCCCGAUCCUAAUAGGCUCAUUGCUCCAUGUGUUCGGCCUCAUGAUGACGUCCCUCUCCAAGGAGUACUAUCAGAUCAUCUUGUCGCAAAGCAUCUGCAGCGGGCUGGGAUGCUCGUUCCUCUUCUACCCGUCCAUCACUGCACUCGGCACCUGGUUUCUGAAGCACCGCGCCCUCGCUUUCGGCAUAAUUACCGCUGGGUCCAGCAUCGGUGGUGUUGUGCUGCCCAUCAUGGUGAAUCACCUCAUCGCACGCAUCGGGUUUGGCUGGGCAAUGCGAACCACGUCGUUCGUCUUCCUCGGUCUGCUUACCAUCGGAAACUUGACCAUCAAGUCCCGGCUGCCGCCAUCUCGGAGGAAGUUUCGCCUCGCCGACUUCGUGACCCCAUUCUCCGAGACCCCCUUCUUACUGCUAACCAUCGCCUCCUCCGUCAUCUACCUGGGCGCAUUCUUGCCGUUUAACUUUAUCAUCGUUCAGGCCAAGGCAGAAGGAAUGUCGACCCAGCUGGCAAGCUACAUGGUUCCCAUUGUCAAUGCAGCAUCAACCUUCGGUCGCAUCAUUCCCGCGCAUUUCGGCGACAAGUACGGCGUCUUCAAUGUCAUGAUUCUCAUGACGAUCCUGAGCGGCAUCUCCAUUCUCGCAAUUUGGCUCCCAGCGCACUCCAACGCGCCGCUCAUUACUUUCGGCGCCAUCUACGGUUUCGCGUCGGGCUGCACGCUGUCCAUCAUUCCCGCCAUGGUGGCAACCAUUUCGGACGCGAGCAAGCUGGGCACGCGGAAUGGCUCUUUGUACGCCUUUGCCGCAAUCGGCACUCUGAUUGGAAGCCCCAUCGGAGGCGCCAUUACCAACGCGCAAGGCGGGCAGUUUUCCGGGCUCAUCGUAUUUUGCGGAGUCUGCCUUCUCGUUGGGGCUGGCGUCACAAUGAUGUCCAGGCAUGUACUGGUUGGCCCAGUGCUGAAACAAAAGGUUUAG